AUGUCACAAGAGUGGCAUGGUUUGAAGAUGAGCUCGUUUGGAUCUGGCCUUGGUGCUGCGUUUCCAGAGAGAAACAACACUUGCAAGCACAACAAACAUGAGAUCCAUACCGCGGCACGCACACUCACUGGCUUCCUUCGACCCAUCCCCUCUGAGAAGAUAGCCCACCGGCCCCGUGCGACGGAGACCAAGAAAUCUGCGAGCAGCGUGCACAAAGCCAUGACCCCCAGCAGCUGGCACGGCUUGCAUAUCGAGAGAAGGAACGCCACUAAAGCUAAACGUCGAAGGGAACGAGAAGGAAGAGGAUAUCUUCGGAUAAGGGGAGAGGAGAUUUCCUACCCACAACAAGAUACUAGGCACCGGCGAAAAUGGCGUAACCACGGAAUACUCAUCGACGUGAAGGAUCGGCAGAAGCAUAAAGUUGUGUGCCUCCAUGGAUCCAUUUUUGCAGUCUACCUCGCCCUCGCUUUAGAUACCCAAAGCUUGCAUUCGGUCAUUUAUCUCCAAGAUGAUAAGUCUGGAGGCGGUACGACGACGACACUUUCGAUAGAGGGACUUCAAAACAUCAAUCUGCACUACAAGUCUCAGGUGGGCUCGAGGGUCAGGAGAUUCGGGCCGACAGAGAGACUCGAUCUCCUCGUGUUCAUACCUUGCGAGUCAUCUAGCAUAUUCAACAUCAAUUCGCCCAAUACCAUACAGUGCCAUCUCUUGCAGCCUGCCUACCUGUCUCUCCAGGCAUAUCGUCACAUCCAUUACAGACUCGAGCCCAGCCCUUGUGCAAGCUUCUUGUGCGGCGCUGACGGUGCGGGCAGAGGGGUUUGGGCGACAGAGGCAAGCGGUCUUCUCAUCGCGACGGGUAGUGGCAAAGACUCCAGUCAAUGGUCGUCGAUUGGACAUGGCGAGUCGACGGCCAUGUCGUUUGCUUGUUUGACAGCCAAGAACUGUCUGUCUUGGAAGGCGAUGCGAGAGAUGAACGGCCCAGAUGGAAAAUCGAAACCAUCUGCGAGCCGAUAG